GAGUAAGACACAGUGGUUAGUAAAUUAUGAGAGAUAGAAAAUAAAAUGAUAAGAUAUUAGAGGAGGGGAGCCAGAGAAGAAAGAGGAGAGGACACUUUGCUACAUAUUUAUAUUGUAUAUCUUUGCUGGACUAUAUGAAUGCUCUUUCACCCGUGUUGUUGGCUACCUGUUGCUUCUGGCCAUCUGUUGUUGCGGGUACGCCGGCUUGGAGUGGAAAUGGUUCCUGCGGACUUUCUGCCGCUGACUGUUGGAUCCUGCCGCCUUGGUCACUGUCCAUCGAUACCAGCACCAAUACCGGCUCCUCUGGGCAAACAAUCCACCGCCCGAGUAACCAUCGUCGGUUGGACGCGGUAGCAUCACCUGGAUUAGCGAGCAGCCACUUGCUAGCCGGCCGGACAAUUUGCGGGCCGCUGGAUACCGCCCGGACAGCUUCUCAACUGUCUCGCUCGGAUCUCCUGCCAUGCUGUGGAUUAGUGAUGGGACGAGCGACACUGGUGCAUCAGCACUGUGCCGAGAGCUCAAGAGGGAAACCUCGUAUCGGUGCGUGUAUUGCUUUAAGAAAGAAUCACGUAACCGAUACAGGAACUGUAUCGUUUGGAUGUGCCGCGCCAAAGUGUGUUUAUAAGGAGACGAACUGUAUCAACAUGUCGUGGGUUUGUCGGAUGGAGUUUUGCUUGAUCAUGGAUCGUCCUAGGAAGUUUACCCCGGUGUGGAAUAAUUUUGAUCUUGUGACGCCAAACAAGGUGAAGUGUCGGCUCUGCUCCACAGAGCUAUCUUAUAUCAAUAAGAGCACUUCAUCAAUGCUGAGGCAUUAUAGAGCUCGGCAUGGCAAUGAAGAAUUGGCAGAUACUCGUGAGAGUACCCCAGUUCCUAACAAGCAAGCAGUGGAUGAGGCAGUGGUCAAUAUGAUCAUCAAAGACUGUCAGCCACUCAGCUUUGUUGAAAAUGAGGGAUUCAGGGAGCUCCUGAAGCUUAUUGUACCCUUGUAUGCUCUACCAAGCAGGAAGACCAUCAAGGACUUGGUGAGCCAGAGAUAUGAGGAGGAAAAGGAGAAAACCAAAAAGGACCUCCAGAGUGCCGUUGCUGUUACUUUAACAGCUGAUAUGUGGACGUCUAUGAAUAUGGAGGCAUAUCUAGCUGUUACUGGACACUAUAUGGACAAAGAAAGCCAUGAACUCCAUUCAUCAGUCUUGGCAGUGCAGCAUUUUCCUCAGAAACACACAGCAGAAAACAUUGCCACGGUUAAAAGGAGCCUCAUGGAGGAGUGGGGCAUAGCAGGAAAGGUCAGGUGUCUUGUCACUGAUGCAGCAGCAAACAUGACUGCAUGUGCUCGAAUGCUGCAAAUACGGCAUACCAUUUGUAUAGCCCAUUCCCUGAAUAUAAUUGUGAGAAAAUCAUGUGAUCAAAUACCAACAAUAACUGAAAUACGCAACAAAACACGACACAUUGUGACAUACUUUCGAUCGAGCGUGACUGCUAAAGAGCUAAACAGCUGGGAACACCGGGCCAUAAAUUAAUAAACGAGGUGCCAACACGAUGGAACAGUACCUACCAAAUGUUUGAAAGGAUGACUGAGCAGAAGGAGGCAGUCUGGGUGUCACUGGCCUCAUUAAAACGUGACAUCACUCCACUGACUCCAGAAGAAUGUCAGAUCAUUGAAGAGAUGCUCAGGGUUCUUGCUCCUUUUGACCAAGCUACAAGAGAACUGUCUGAGGAAAAAAGGGUCUCUGGGUCGAAGGUCAUUCCCAUGAUGAGAAUGCUCCACAUUGAGCUUCAACGUCAGGCCACAACAGUGACAAAAACAGCUGCUCAGCAACUGGCUGAAAACCUGAGGAAGCGGCUAACUGACGCUAUUUGCGGCAUGGAAUCUCUUAGUGUGAUGACUCUGGCAACUCUGUUAGAUCCCAGAUUUAAGAAGAAUGGAUUUGUUAGUCAGCAAAAGGCAAGUGAAGCGGUGAAGAGACUGCAGUCAGAAUGUGCAGAAGAAAUGAGGAGCCAAGAGCCUGACCCAAGAGAAGAAGAGCCUAGCUCUUCACAUGGGUCAGAACCCAGUUCAGGGCACAAUCUCUGGAAGACUCUAGAUAUGGAGGUUGCAGAGACCCAGAGGACGAGGAACGCAACAGCUGACUCCAUUAUUGAAGUCCAACGCUACCUGGCAGAAACAAACACACACAGAAACCAAGAUCCUUUGCAAUAUUGGAAAUGGAACCAGAAAAUAUACCCAAAUCUUCAUCAACUUGCACUUAAAACUCUCUGCUCACCAUCAUCGUCUGUACCAUGCGAAAGAGUAUUUUCCAAGGCUGGGGAGCUGGUGUGUAAGAGGAGAAAUCGCCUUGGAGCAAAGACACUCCAAAAACUUUUGUUUCUCAAUAAAAAUUCAUGAACUAAUCA